GUGUACUCUCGGUCUGUACAAUGAAAUGCUAACGGCCCAUUGGUGCUUUCAAUCCUCUUUUUAUUAUUGAAUAAAACUUAACAAAAAUGUCGCUUUCUAUUGCACGCACCUUCCUAUCAGAGGCUUGUUAUGGCGAACAAGAACUCGAUGCUAAUUCCGCUCUCAUGGAGCUGGACAAAGGGCUGCGGUCGACAAAGCUGGGAGAGCAGUGUGAGGCUGUGGUGCUUUUUCCCAAACUCUUCCAGAAAUACCCUUUUCCCAUCCUCAUCAACUCUGCAUUUCUGAAGCUGGCAGACAUCUUCAGACUCGGGAACAAUUUUCUGCGUCUCUGUGUGCUGAAAGUGACUCAACAGAGCGAGAAACAUCUUGAAAAGAUCCUCAAUGUGGACGAAUUUGUCAAAAGGGUGUUUUCAGUCAUCCACAGCAACGACCCUGUGGCCCGAGCCAUCACUCUGAGGAUGCUCGGUAGUUUGGCCUCCAUCAUCCCGGACAGGAAGAAUGCCCACCACAGUAUUCGCCAAAGUCUGGACUCUCAUGACAAUGUAGAAGUGGAGGCUGCCAUAUAUGCUGCUGCAAGCUUCUCAGCACAGUCAAAAGACUUUGCAGCGGGGAUUUGCAACAAAGUCAGUGAGAUGAUUCAAGCUUUAGACACCCCGGUGGACCUGAAGCUGAAGCUGAUCCCGAUGCUGCAGCACAUGCAUCACGACGCCAGCCUGGCCUCCAGCAGCAGAGAGCUGCUGCAGCACCUGGUCAGCUCCUACCCCUCCACCCCCAUGGUCAUCGUCACCCUGCACACCUUCACCCAGCUCGCUGCCUCCUCCCUCAUCGAUAUCCCAAAGCAGUUGCAGCUCCUCCUUCAGUACCUUAAAGACGACCCACGAAAAGCUGUGAAGAGACUCGCCACUAAUGAUCUGAAGCUCCUGGCUAAAAAGGCUCCUCACCUUUGGAUCAGAGAGAACACUCAGACGCUGUGUGAGUGUGCCCUGAGCAGCCCUUACAACAGCCUGAAGCUGGGGAUGCUGGCCGUCCUCUCCACCCUCUCUGGAACCAUCGCACUCAAGCAGUACUUUCACAAUAUGACGGGUGGCUCUUCGGUUCCCCCCCGGCUCACAGACCUGGUUAAACUGGCACAAGAAUGCUGUUACCAUAGCAACCUGGCAGUGGCUGCUCAUGGGAUCGUAGUGCUCUCGAACAUCGCUAUUUCCUGUCCAGAAAAAGUUUCCCAAUACAAUGAAUUGAUCAAACUGUACGGUUGCAGGAGAACCAGGAGCAAAUCACAGCGGCGGCGGUCCAACUCCAGAAGCAGGAAGCGCUCCAAAAGCCCCCGCAGGAGACACACCGACUCCAGAGACCAAAGCAAGCGAUCUCCGAGCAGAUCACGGGAUAGAAAGAAAGACGAUUCAGGGAAAAGACGAUCCAAAACACCGCCUAAAAGUUACAGCACAACCAGGAGGUCACGCAGCGAGGAACGGAGACGCAGGAAAAGUCGCAGCAAGAGCCGAUCUCCUCCUAAAAAAAAGACUCCAUCUCCUCGACGGUUGGUAUUUUGA